AUGGACGACGAAUUUCUCUAUGGUGUGUUGGAUAAAGCAGCAUUUGGAGCUUCCCAUGAUAUCGUCCAUUCAGUGUACGAGCUAUGGCACGGAAAUUUCAGGGAAUCUUUAUUCUCAUGUUGGAUGAGUGACUCGGAUAUUAAGAUGGGCCGCGAAGGAGCCCAAAACCGAACAAGAAUAUUUCAUAAGGGCGAGAAUCCGGAAGUUGCCAUUGAGGACUUCCCCAACAUACUACCAUACUAUGAAGUAACCAGAGCGCUUAUCUCUCCCCCUCCCAUUCGCGUUGAUUACAUACUAUUUCUUCGUUUCGCACUCUCCCACUGCGCCCCACCUCCCACUGGAGCUCCACACACCCUCGCUCCCCUCGAAGCCUCCCUCCUCACAGCACUCACCACCGCCCUCGUGGGGAUCUUCUGCGUCGGCGUGCUCCGCGACGUGGGGGAUGCAGUGUGGGUUUGUUGGGUUGGGGAUGUGGGGAGGGCGGCUGAGGGGAGGGGGGAGGAGAGGGGGGAGGAAAGGAGGGUGGAGAUGGGGAGGAGGGGGGCAGAGACAGAGACGGGGAGGGAGACGGCGGAGAUGGAGAGGGAGACGGGGAGCGAUAGGACGGGGGAGGAAAGGAGGGAGGGGUUAGAAUUGGGAACGGGGAUCAAAGAAUGCAGGGACCUCGUUGCAAGGGUGUUUGAGUAUCUGCCUCCGAGGGGUACGAGGGAUGUACCUGGUCCAUCCAGGGAGGGGGAGGUGGAUUCCUUACUUCCUCCCGAUUCUCCUGGUUCUCCUGGUUCUCCUGGUUCCCCUGGUUCUCCUGGCUCUCCUAGUUCCCCCGAUUCUCCUGGAUCGACGGAGGUCAUCCAGAUCCACCAAAUCCCCCAGGAAGGGAUUGUCUAUCCCCAUCCCCAUCCCCAUCCUCCUUCUUCCCAUCCUCCGACUACGCAAAAGCACGUUCCCUUAAUAUCCCCUCUUUUGGACGGAGAUGAGCACGAAAGAGACGGAAUAGUAGGUCAGGAGGAGGAGGAUGAGGAGGAUAUCAACCCAUUCCAUCAUUCUCCGAACCCAUCUGCUUCUUCCUCCGCACCAGCGAAGGGACCUCUGCCGCGAUCCGCUUCGUCGUCUCUUUCCUCGCUCUCUGAUUCAUCAGAGACGGAGUUGUUCCCCGGGAGUGGGUUGUUCGGAUAAAUGGGUAGAUGGGUAGAGAUGUAGUGGAUAACGUUACU